CAAUAAUAUGCCCCAAUGCCCAGCUAGGACGCGACGAUAUUUAAGCGCCGCCAUAAAAGUAGCAUCGCUCACAGCCUCCUUCUUCUCCACUGUUAGUAGCAAUGGCGAAGGGUGAAGACGCUGUGCGUCGAAAGAAGAACAAAAAGCUCCGAAAGAAGAACAACAGCACUUCCUCAGUCUCCGCCAAGGUCGCCGCCGUUAUCGCCGCCAAGAAGCGCCGUAAGGCCGGUAAACGCCGCAUGUGCCAGGGGAUGUGCUUUAGUCUACCUACCCCAGAUGAUCCAUUCAAUGAUCGAAGUGGGAAAGAGGAAUUCAAAACAAAGGGUCCUAAAAAGAAAACACGUUCAAAACCAAAAGAUGAGACAGUACAGCUUAAUGGGAAGUGUGAAGCUGGAAAAAAGGGUGCAGUUGGUGGGAGGAAUAUUGCACAGAAAUCAAAUGAUUUAUUAAGGGAAAAUAUGUCUUCCACAACCAACAAUAAUCUUGAUAAUAAAUGUAUCAUUAACAAAGAAAGGAAAAAUAUUGAGGUGACCAACAUGGCUCAUCUUCUCAGUGUUCAAGGGCCUGAUUGUGACAUUUCAGAGUUCCCAUCUAAGUUUGUUUUUUGGUGUCUAAGUUCAAUUGAAAAUGCAUUGCGACUUGAUGAUGCCUACACUGAUGGAGAGGGUAACUCUUUCUUUUUGAAUCCAUGGGGAUUAGAAUUUUUAAGGUGCUAUUCUUCUGGGAAUGAUCUGAUGGAUACCAGUGGAAAUUCUGCUACUACUGAACAAAUUGCAUGGACGGUUUCAAGUGCAGCUGAUACAUUUGUCAGAAAAGAGAAAGAAGGCUUGUCCUUUUCUGAUCCUUUUCUUUUAUUUCUUGUACCUUCCCAAGAAAAAGCUGUUCAGGUUCGAACAGUUUGCAAGCCUUUGAAAUCUGUUGGAAUACAUACAGUGAGUAUUCAUCCAGGUGCUCCCUUAGAUCAUCAGAUUCAAGGUCUGAAGACUUGUGAGCCUGAGUUUCUUGUUUCUACACCUGAGAGGCUUUUGGAGCUUGUUUCUAUGAAGGCAAUUGAUAUUUCUGGUGUUUCCAUGCUGGUUAUUGAUGGGCUUAAUACAAUUUGUAGUUCUGGGCACACUGAUACAAUAAAAUCCAUCAAGAAGUGUAUUUCUGGAAAUCCCCGUCUUGUGAUUUUCAAUGAUUGCUUCAGCCACAUGUCUAUCCCAAUGGUUCGGUAUCUUCUGACUGGAUCAAUUUGUAGACUCUCUCUCAACAACUCAAUUACUAGCCUAAGUUCAUGCAUUAUCCAGUCUGUUAAAGUGUGUACAUCAGAAGAUAAAGUUGUCAAGAGCAUUGAAGCCCUGGAUCAAUUUCAAAGCAGUUGUACUCAGAAUUCAAACAUGCUAUUUAUUUUAAGGAAAGAUGUCAAGUGCCAUAAAUUGGUCAAGACUAUUGAAUCCAAGGGUUGUUCCAUAUCACUUGAUUCUGAUGCAGCAAGUUUUAAUGAUAGUGUGGAUUCAGACAGCAGAGCAGCGGUUUCUGCGAUUUAUUUGGAGAAUCUCUCUACUAUGGAUUUAGGAACAUAUGAUGUAGUAGUCCUACCGAGUUUUGUACCCUCCAUGGACACUUACGUGCAUAUUUUGACAAAGAUGGCUCGCCAAAGUGUCAAUGGUGUAUUGCACAGUUUCUUAACAAAAAGAGAUACAGAACUUGCUGCACCACUCAUUAAAGUUCUUGAACAGUGCGGUCAGGAGGUGCCUCAGACCCUGCAGGAUCUGCAUCAUACAUCAAACAUGUUGGAAGAUUGAAUGUCGGAGGUGCUUAAUCAUCCUUUUAUGUUCAUUCUGUCUGUGGGUCAUGAGAUCAAGAUAAAUUCCGCUUGCUUUGGAUCUUGAGCUGGGAGCUGAGUUGGAGGGAGGUGUCCUAGUCCUAUUCAUUGAAUUUGAACCUUGCACCACAUGAAGAAACAUUCAGAAUUCUUUUUGCAAUACGUGCAAGGAAGACUCACAUUCAGAAAAAUUUUGUAAUACUAUAUCCGUGCUUCUCUUUCAAUGACUAUAUUUUACCUGUGGUUGAGUGAAGGACAAUGAUAUUUUGCAACGAAAGUUAACGUCAACGUUGAGCUAAGCUCGCUAAAUUGAAGGAAAUAGAGGGACUAUUAUUUAAGAUGACUGGAUAGUCCUCUAAGGUAUUUUUCAUGUUCUGUUAAUGAAAUUUUUUUUAGUUUCAUAUUGA